AUGCUGUUCUUCCAGAGAAACAGUCAAGACUUUCCCAAUCUGCCAGCUCAAGCGCUUCGACGUUCCUUGGUCCAGCACGGGCCCGAAGCGCCGUGGGUCGCACCACGCGCCACGCGCAGCCCUUACAUCAUUUGGACAAUCUCGUCCUGUGCCGGCGCUGUUGUGGCCAACUUAUCAAAUGCGCUCACAACCGAGGUCCGGGAAGAGGACGAGGAUGACUUGCUCUACUCUGAGGAGGAUGAGGACCUUGAGCAGGCCUCUCUGCAGGCCCUGCGGGGUGUUAAGGACCAGCACCAGACUUCUGCAGUGAGCCCGAAGACGGAGGGAGAGGAAGAUGCUGGGAUGAACACCGGGAACUCUGGAGAUGCACGCGAGACCAAAAAGGUUCCCGCUGAGACCGAGGAAUCCCAAAAGGAACUGCAGAUGAGGUUUGCAGAGUUGGUCGAGCAGCGAGCUGUACAGGUACAGCGUGCAGCCACCGUCAUGCUGGUGACGCAGGUGGUCCUGGUAGUGAUCGUGGGCCUGAUCUACGCAGCGUGCCCGCGGUACACACCUCCACCCGAGGAGGUGCGACAGCAGCGUGGCCAAGACUUCCAGUACGGCCUCUGCGAAGGCUGCAGCCGCAGCCGGAUUUGUUGCUGCUCCUUCUGGUGCCUGCCCCUUCGCUGGGCAGAGACGGCCAGCUCCGUAAACUUCUUCGGCUGUAACGGGCCUACCUUCCUGCUUGGCUUCUUCAUCUUUGAGCUGCUUAUUGUCCUCGCUAAGCUCCCUGGCGUCGUCAUCCUCUACUUGAAUUAUGAGACAGAGAGUCUGCCAUACUUUGCCUGGACAUGUGCAGCCAUCGUCUUCUCCCUGGCGCUUCUGGUGAUGCAGGUCCUGCACCGGCGGUACAUCCGGCAACGCUACGGAAUGGAGAAUGACACGUGUGGCACCUGCUGCUGCGAUUGUCUCGUUUGGAUCUUCUGCGGCUGUUGCGCUGCCAUGCAGGAGGCCCUGCAGGUCGAAUAUGUGGGCGAGCCUGUGAAGACCGUGGGUGAAGUUCGGGGUGAGGUUGUAGCCGCGGUUGUGGCGGUCCAGGAUGGCGCGUACGGUGCCAAAUCAUCCGGUUGGAAUGCAGGACUCAUAAUUUCAAACAAGUCCAGCUCACACUUUUUCUCUCCACGUAUUUGUCACAUACCUGCCCACAUCUUGUCUGAGCCGCAGUAUGGCGAUGAGUUUGACGAGGAGGAGGGCGACUACAUGGAGUUGGAUGGGCCACCUCCAGAAGUGUUGGAUGGCUGGGAGAAGGACGAGAUGGCCAUGGCUCUUUUGGCCAACUUCCAGUCUGAGGAGUUCGAGGGAAAGAAAGUGAUGAGCUUCCGCGAUGUGGCCAUGCUUCUGGAAGUUCUCGGCCUCUGCCUCGUCAAAAGAUCAGAGUCGCCUUUCAGGAAGGACGUAGACGAGCAACAAUGGGAUUAA